AUGUAUGCUCCUUCUGCUGACGAUUCAAUGUACACAGAUUCUUCACCAGCAGAAACUAGUAAUAAUGAGUAUGAAAAUGGUCAACACGGAAUUGGUGCGGAUAUACUUAAUGCUGAUAGUCAGUCACCUAUUAAACGUGAAGAACCUGAGGUAGAUGUAACUGGCGAAGAACCGUCAGCGACAGAAGACCAACCGUCACCUCCAAAAUUCGAUGAUCAAUUUGGAGAAGUUGUUGAUGAAGAAAGAGAUACGAUACAAAGAUUGAAUAUGCGUCAUCCACAUAAUAAUACUGCAGUUAGAGAUUACUUGAAUAAAACUGUUGUACCCAGUCUUAUGGCAGGAUUAAAGAAAAUUGUUAGAGAAAGACCGACAGAUCCCUGUGAAUUCUUAGGCAGAUACUUAAUUGAUCAUUGUCAACAUGAUCAUACUAAAGACGAAUAUGGUUCAGAAAUGCGAGUAAAACAUGAAGAUACUGAUGAUUGUGAACAACACCUCGAACAACAACUCGCCAGAAACAAAGAAGAGACAGCAGUUCAAGUUUGGAUGUAG